AUUUUAGUUGGUCAAAGUAAGGACGCAAAACUUUCUACUUUCUAUGAAUUUUUUAUCAACAUAAGCCUUUUUACAAUGGGAGAUUAAGAUAAACAUAAAAUCCAAUUAGACAAAUACUAUUUUUACAUUUGUAGUUUUUAUAACUCAAAAUCCCUGUUGGCAAUCUCGUUACAAGAUCCCCACGUCAACAUCUUCCAAUCCAACCUAAAAGAACAAAAAAAAAAAAAAAAACUUCUAUGUCUCAAUCAUUAAUCUCCCAUCCAAGGCAGGGUUCAGUGAACACCUAACAAAUUGGUUUUCCAAGGUCCAAAGACUCUAAUUCGAAGGGAAAUUAAGCAAAAGCGUCAGCAAAGUGGAAAUAGAAAAGUUCCGUGCCAAGCUAAAAAACCUGUAAUUUAUUUAGAACAAGGUUUGGUGUGUCGACACGCUAGAUUGGUUUAAGUUGCUGAUAUUUUACGUUCUUUUCGAAGCUCUUCAUGUCGGCAAGAGGGGAAGUAGUAGCAUCGCUGUCCAUUGUUUUGAUUCUUUGAAUUUUGAUCUCUGUCCUCAAUGCGGUGGCAGUAUCAUGUUAACCCGACAGAUCGUCAAAAGUAGGUCACCAAGAAACAACCAUGCGUCCAAUGGUGUAAAGUCUCUGGAACAAGUAGAUGAAAGAUCAAAAGGUCCAUAACAUAUCAGUGGGCUUUUCUCAACAUAAGAAUUGGAGCCCACUCUCCUGGACUCUAGUCCAAUUAGCCCCACUCAACAUUGGCAGCGGCCUUUCCUAUGCCUUCCAGUCGGACCAGUACAGAUAUUUCUUCAGAGGAACCAUAGCAAGAAGAAAACAGAACUGGAUAAAGUUACAGCGCCGGCACCCUGUCCACCUCUCAAGUCAUCACUUAACAAAACCUAUCUCAAGGUGAAGUAUGGAUAUGAUAGUGCAUACAAGUCAUGCCCAUGAAGGGUUUUGUACGUUUCAGCAUUUUCACUGGGAGGAUUUAAGACAUACUAAAUUUUUAGAAGCUAGUGUUAAAGAUAAAGCUGUUGCAAAUUUUAGUUCUGGGAAACCAUAUAUGGGCUGCAAACCUGUGGGAUUUUGCAAGCGAAGGCGAUAUAGGGUACUUGCUGUUUCAAAGGUUGAUAAUACUGGUGUUAAUGGUGGGUUGCAAAAUUUUGAGAGUUCUCCGCAAGGGUAUUUUGGAAAUGUUCUUGUUUCAGCAAGUCCGUCUGGCUCCUUUCACAAUUUCGAGGAAUCUGAUAGCAAUAAUCAACUUCGUAAAUUUGUUAGAAAUGGUGAAUUGGGAGAAGGGUUUAAGCUUCUUGAGGGCAUGGUUUAUCAUGGCGAGAUUCUUGAUAUUAUAGCUUGUACAAAUUUAAUUCGUGGAUUUUGUAAGAAAGGCAAGACUAGGAAGGCUGCACGGGUUAUGGAGAUUAUAGAAGAUUCAGGGGCAGUUCCUGAUGUUAUAACUUAUAAUGUAUUGAUUAGUGGGUAUUGCAAGGCAGGGGACAUUGAUACUGCUUUACAAGUUUUGGAUCGAAUGAGAGUCGCUCCAGAUGUUAUUACAUAUAAUACAAUUUUGCGUAGCUUGUGUGACGUUGGGAAGUUGAAGCAAGCGAUGGAAGUUUUGGAUCAACAAUUGCAGAGAGAAUGUCAUCCAGAUGUGAUUACAUAUACGAUUUUAAUUGAAGCAACUUGCAAGGAAAGUGGUGUUGGACAGGCUAUGAAGCUCUUGGAUGAAAUGAGGAGUGGAGGAUGUAAACCGGAUGUGGUUACUUAUAAUGUUCUUAUCAAUGGGAUUUGUAAGGAAGGGAGAUUGGAUGAAGCAAUCAAGUUCAUGAAUAACAUGCCAUCAUUUGGAUGCCAACCCGAUGUUAUUACUCAUAAUAUUAUUUUGCGUAGCAUGUGUAGCGCUGGCAGGUGGAUGGAUGCAGAGAGAUUUUUAGCUGAUUUGCUAUGCAAAGGCUGUUCUCCUGAUGUUGUUACUUUCAAUAUCCUAAUUAAUUCCUUAUGCCAAAAAGGUUUACUUGGUCGAGCAAUUGAUGUACUGGAGAAGAUGCCCAAACAUGGGUGUACCCCUAAUUCGUUAAGUUAUAAUCCACUGCUUCAUGGGUUCUGCAAUGAAAAGAAGAUGGAGAGAGCGAUUGAGUAUUUGGAGAUAAUGGUGUCUAGAGGUUGCUACCCUGACAUUGUGACCUAUAACACUUUGCUCACAGCAUUAUGCAAAGAUGGGAAGGUUGAUGUGGCAGUUGAGGUACUCAAUCAGCUUAGUACCAAGGUUUGCUCGCCUGUUUUAAUCACUUAUAAUACUGUGAUUGAUGGGCUCUCAAAGGUAGGGAAAACAGAUCGAGCUAUAAAACUUUUGGAUGAGAUGCGUGCCAAGGGUCUAAAGCCUGAUAUAAUUACCUACUCUUCACUUGUUGGAGGACUUAGUAGGGAAGGAAAGGUUGAUGAUGCAAUAAAGUUUUUUCAUGACUUUGAGAGAAUGGGUGUUAGACCAAAUGCCAUAACCUAUAACUUCAUCAUGUUGGGCCUUUGUAAGGCCCGGCAGACUGAUCGUGCAAUUGACUUUUUGGCUUAUAUGGUGAUGAGGGGAUGUAAACCUACUGAAUCUACAUACACCAUUCUCAUUGAAGGCAUAGCAUACGAAGGCUUAGCUAAUGAGGCUUUGGAGUUACUAAAUGAGUUGUGCACUAGAGGAUUUGUGAAGAAAAGUUCAGCCGAACAGGUAGCUGUCAAGAUGUAGGCUGUGUUGCAUACCGAAUUUAGUUCCUCCUUGGCUGGCGACUGGGAUUCGUAACUCUUGCCCCUUUAUACUGCUUGCCUCAUAUCUGCAAGCUAGGAGACUACAGUUUGCCCAUUUUUCUCCUCGAUCUUGAAUGAUAUCCAAGUUCAAUUUUUGGUAAAUAGUCAUGUAGCCUCACCCUUUUGCCUGUUGGAGUUCUACUUUUGUAUUACCCUUUUUGGUCUUGAAUUAUACUUUCUACCUGUCGUGAACAUUUGUUUACAUGCUUCUUUAAGCUUAUAAAUGCUUUCCAGUUUUCAAGAUUGCCUUGUUCUCUUAGCUUGCAGCUGAUGUGAUAGUUUUGUCUUUUGCUUAAUAUACUGUCAAUUAGCUCCUUCUUAGAAGGUUCUUUGUGGAUUAUUUCAUUGUUCCUCAUGGCAUUACAUCACUAUUAGUAAAAGAAAUCGUCCAGAUGCUUUCCUUUCCCUUUACUUAUGAUGGGGCAUUUAAUCUGCAUGUGUCAAAAUACUCUGCCGAAAUGAUUGGAAUUGUGAAUUUGUGAUGUUAAGAUACCUGAUAAAUUUAGGGACAUUUUUGCACUAUGCUAUAUCUAAGUACCGGAAAAAUAUUGUUAACGUACCAUAUAAAUUGUGCUCAACCUGGCACUUAAGGAGAAGAAAUGAUCUUCCCUCCUUCCUCUUCUAUUUUAUUCCCCUACGACUUUGUGAUUGAUGUGGGAAAAUGUUCAAUUGUUAAGCUUAAAUCUGCACACCAUGUUGUUCAUCAUGAUCAUGUUUAUUUCAUCUGCUACGAGUAUCAUGAUAAUUCUAAGAAACCUCCUGCUGUUAUUUCUGAUGAUCAUGAUCGUGUUUAUUUCUGAUGGUUAAAAUUCUGUCUUUAGGUUCAGACUUCAGUCAUGAGCUGUUAUUAGUUUUUUAAGUCAUCCAUCUUUUGGAAAGCUUUAGUACAAAGUGACAGGUAUUCCCAAGGAAAGGAUUUACCAGAUGAGGAAGGCAGCUGUGUGUGUCCCUAAAUCACAUGGUUUGAGGACCAUAGCUUAAAGCAAGUGAUUUAUCCUCCCAAGUUUCGUUUUUUCUUGUUUUUUUUUAAUGGUAUCAACCUUUUAUUAAGGAUAUUCUCACCAUAAAAGCUUCCAAAUUUUUAUGUGCACAAUCAAACGAGAACGUCUCUUUCAUGGGAAAGAGUGGUUUUCUUCUAUCAUCAUUAGAGA